AUGAUUGCUUCUGCCGUCCGUCUCUCCGCUGCUCUCGGUCGUCAGCCCGGCCUCGUCGCUGUCACCUCCACCGCAACCUCGGCUGGUCUCAAGACCUCAGCUACUUCGCCUCUCCAGGCCACUACCACCUUGCGCAACCUCGACGGUCGUCUCUGGUCGAAGAACAGACUCCAAGUCGUUCUUGACGCCUCUGCACCAGUACCGGCGGCCAAGGAGCCCGACUGGUCAAAUCUUGCUGCUCGCGCAAAGGACGCCAAGGAACUCGCGGGCUGCUAA